AUGCGUGGUGGAGGUAUCAUAAAGUGCGGAGGCUCCUACAGCGAGCCUCGGCCGGUCUCCGCGCCACUAUCUUGCCGCAUUCCACCAAGCCGAAGCCAAGGCGCGCCCCGCGCGUGCCUUCAUGCCUUCGCCGACCCACGCGCCCGCGCCUGCUUCGCUUCACUCAGUCGCUUCUACGCGCUUAUAGAGAUUAUGCGCAUUGCCACUGCGCUCCUAUGUUACCGGUUGUGA